AUGCUGCUCAAGUUCGGGGCGAGGAUCGAUGUCCAGAACCAAGACGGCUACACACCAUUGCAUCAUGCUGUGUAUAGAGGCAACAAGUCAUUGGUCGAGUUCCUGCUAAGGAAUGGCGCCGACCCGAAUAAAGCCAAAAACGACGGAUCUACUGCUCUGCACAUAAUUUGCGAUAGCGAGUCUGAUGAUGCUGCAUUUUUGGAGACAUUUUUCAAGAUCUGUAAAGACACACGUCAAAAGUUACAAUGCGAGGCUCAAGACAAUAAGGGCCUAACACCCCUUCAAUUUGCUGUGACUAAUGCCAGACCCAAUAUGGUCAAUGUACUCUUGAAUCAUGGGGCCGAUCCGUUCAGCUUCGUUUUGCCUACUGCGAAACAAUUCGAUGAUGUGAAUAUAUAUCGAAUAUUCGAUUGGGAGGAUAAAUUGAAAAUAGCGUCGGGUCGGCUGAUUAUCGUGGAACGCCUAGAGAAGAGAGGAUAA